AUGAAAAUCCUGCUCGAUAUGCUCUCCAACAUAUUUCUCUCGGACAUACGAGCCUGGCCGGGUGUGGAAGGCAGUAUAGGCGAUUGCGAUCGUCGAAUUCGUCAGCCGGUUCCGACAGCCCAAAAUUCCGCAGGUAUUGCCUCAGAGUCAAAUGUCAUCCGCAAUGGCUCUCCAGAGGACCCCAAAAAGAUCCAAACACUUUUAGCGCUUACUGAAGGCCCGAAAGACGAUUUCGACUUUUUUCACGAUCGAUGGCUGACUGGCACAUGUGAUUGGAUCAAAUACGAUUUCUUUUUCAAGGACUGGGUAGAACACACAUCGAGUUCUAAGAUCCUCUGGCUAUAUGGCCAUUCAGCCAGCGGAAAAUCAGUUCUCUCAACUUUCAUCUUCGAGUACCUCGAGUCCCUGGACAUGCCCUGCAGCUACUUUUUCUUCCGGUUUGGAGACCAGACCAAACGCUCACCAAAUGCUCUCCUACGAUCACUUGCGUAUCAAAUGUCGCAGCAGCUGCCAGACUUCAGGAGAAAACUCAGUGACCUCCACGACCAUGGCGUGAGGCUGGAGAAGUCUGAUGCUCGAACUAUAUGGAACAGAGUCUUUCUGAGAAGUCUGUUUAAGAUGGAUCUGCAGGUACCUUUGUACUGGGUCGUCGAUGCUUUGGACGAGUCAGAUCCUUACCAGACUUUGUUGAAAAUCUUUGCUGGGAUUUCGAAGGCUGCCAUUCCUGUACAUCUUCUUCUGCUUAGCCGGUACACGGAGAUUCUCUCCCUGGCCUUUGAUCGCAUUGAAGGCGUCGUCAACUUCCGGGGUAAAGCGGUCGAAGCCCAGGAGAGCGACAUCCACUAUUUCGUGCGCAAAGAGCUCCGGUAUCUGCGCGGCACCGAGACUUUCAAGCAGAGAGUGCUGAAGACAGUUCUCCAAAGAGCUUCCGGGAAAUUUUUAUGGGUUACCUGGCCAUGCAAGAGAUUAUGA